ACAACUAACAACUUCCGGAAGUAGUGUACGUCAUUGCCAACAGAUAGAUAUCAUCGUAUUCAAGCUUUGAGAAUAUCGUCGGUUUUAACGACGAAACAUAUUGUAAAUAAGUGCGAAACAUUGUGAUAAACUUACUUUAGUGUUAGUUAAUCUAGUACAAUUUUAAUAUACUCAAAAUGUUUAUUUGGGAUUGGUUCACUGGCGUUUUGGGAUUCCUGGGUUUGUACAAGAAAUCUGGUAAACUACUCUUCCUGGGACUGGACAAUGCUGGCAAGACAACACUACUGCACAUGCUGAAGGAUGACAGAUUAGCACAACACGUACCUACAUUGCAUCCCACGUCGGAGGAGCUGUCGAUAGGCAGCAUGCGCUUCACGACGUUCGACCUGGGCGGGCACCAGCAGGCGCGGCGCGUGUGGCGCGACUACUUCCCCGCCGUGGACGCCAUCGUGUUCCUGGUGGACGCGUGCGACCACGCGCGCCUGCCCGAGUCCAAGAAGGAGCUGGACUCGCUGCUGACGGACGAGACGCUCAGCAACUGCCCCGUGCUCAUCCUCGGGAACAAGAUCGACAAGCCCGGCGCCGCCAGCGAGGACGAGCUGCGCCAGUUCUUCAACCUCUACCAGCAGACCACCGGCAAGGGCAAGGUGUCGCGCUCGGAGCUGCCGGGGCGGCCGCUGGAGCUGUUCAUGUGCUCGGUGCUGAAGCGCCAGGGCUACGGCGAGGGCUUCCGUUGGUUGGCGCAGUACAUCGACUGAGCGGACCACCCCCCCCACUCAGUUCCACCGCUUGUCCGAGCCCGACGUCAUCUUACUUUGCAUGUGAAUUCAUUUUAAACAUUUUCACUCUUCGAAACGUAGUUUUUUCUCUGUUUAGUGAGGGGUAUUUUAAAAAUUUCUAGGACUUUUUAAUGAAAACCUGUAAUUUUGGGAGGAAUAUAAUUGAAGCGCUCGGUGUGAGCGCUGUCCCCGUUGUCCGCAUGCUCUCGAUUUUACUAUGUAACUGACUGAGCAAACAUUAUUUAUACUUUUAUAGUAUUUUAGUGUCCAAUUUUAAGUAGCAUUAGCGAUUAAACGCUAGUUACGAUCCCUAUGGCUACAUUUGAUUUGUGUAUAGAAUGGUACUCGUUUGUAAGCAGGCGACCUCUCGCUACCUAGUAAUGAAACAGUAUUGGCUCUGUUUUCAAAUAUGACUAAGCCACACCAUCACAAAUAUACCAAGUGAAAUUAACGGAAUCACAUGCAGCGGCUUUGAAAUGCAAAAUGCAAUUAUCACAUUAAUUAAAUAGAAGUGGUUAUGGUGGUGGAAUAUUACGGUUUGAAGAAUGAAUUGUAAUCAUACAUUACAGUAAAAAAAGUAAAUAAAAGAUUUAAAACGUA